GACGUAAUAACAGGGACAUUCUGCUCGUGCAACUCGUGAGGAGAAGCGGCGAUUUUUUUUUUCUACUCGCUAUAAUGAAUCCCAAGAUUUAGACCUGUGGCAACCAUGACUUCAGAUGGGAAUGCACUUCGAGUUGAGUUUCCAGAUUUCCCUUGCUCCCUUCUGCAGAAGCUCAACCAGCAGCGACAGAGAGGUCAACUUUGUGACGUUACUGUGGUCAUUCAGGGUCACCAGUACCGCGCACACCGGGCAGUCUUAGCUGCCAGUUCUCCCUACUUUUGUGACCAGGUGCUCCUAAAAAAUAGUGCUCGGGUUGUGCUCCCAGAUGUCAUGCAACCCCUUGUGUUUGAGCGCCUCCUUCACUCCUGUUACACUGGAACACUUGUCUUACCUGCUGGUGAAGUAGUAGCUUUCCUCACUGCAGCUAGCUUCCUUCAAAUGUGGCACGUGGUGGACAAGUGCACUGAACUCUUGGAGGUAGGUGGGUGUACUGGCAACGUAGAGCAGAAGUCAAAAAAAGGACUGGGGACUUUGGCAUGCAAUAAAAGAGCUGAAGGCAAGCCUUCCCCGGGAGACAGUAGCUACCACAGUCCUGGAGAUGUUGACAUGCUUCUUGAUUCUUGCACUGGUGGAAGUGUGGACAACUUUGCUAAGAUCGAGAUGGAGCAACUUCUGGAGAACAGCAGCUUCUCUCCUCCUGCCUUGGAUCCAGAUGCCCAGGCUUGCGGCAGCUGUUCCUCUCCAGUUGAGCCAGAGUGCUCUGGCAGUGAGGUUACUAGUCAGAAUGGUGAAGAGGAAGGUGAUGGGGAGUACCUGCACACAAGACCUGCGUAUGUCCCGCCAAGUAUCAUGGGCCACAGGAAGUGGCUUCAUGUGAAAGCUGAGAGACCUGAACGGGAUAAUUGUGGUGGCUUGUUUUGUGAAGCAGGUCCAGACAUAGGACAUUUUAACUUUGACCGUUCCCAAGCCUCGACAAGUAGAGGUUCUUUUGCUGACAGCAUAGAUGAGAAACUUGUAGCUCAGUUAGAGGAAACCCUAGAUGGUGAACAAACUUAUGAAGAUCCUUUGGACUUCUAUGGUACCUCAUUGGAUGGCUUUUCUGCUGGCAAGUGUGAAAUCAACAUUUUAAGUCCAAAAGAAGAACUAGAGGCAGCAAUAGGGGAAUGCAAGGAUGACGAGCCGACCAGAAGGCAGACUGCGAGUGGACAUCAAGAUGAGACGUCCCACUCUGGCUUUGCAUCAGUGGUCUACAAGCUCUAUCCCUGCCAGUGUGGCAAGAGCUUCACCCACAAGAGUCAGCGAGACCGUCAUAUGAGCAUGCACCUAGGCUUGCGGCCAUUCUGUUGUACUGUGUGCAGCAAGAGCUUCAAAAUGAAGCACCACCUGAGAUACAAAAAAUUGUGGAUCUUCUCACCAAGUUGCAGCCUGACAUGGACAGAGACAGUUUCCUUCGCAUUUCUCGUCAAGUGUGUUUAGCACUAAGAUAUUUUUGCGACUGGAUCAUUUCAGAACAUGGUUAAUAAUAAUUAAACCGCUUGAUGUCCUUGUUGCUUAGGCCCCUAUGAACUCAAUGAAUCCUUAUAAUAUAUCAUCUUGAUCACUGUAAGCUUAAGUUGUACUCUAUAACAUACCUCUUUGCUUGUCAUUUACAAUUUAACAAUUUUUUUAAUGUCACUUAAUCUAUUUUUGUGACUACCCUGGGUCAGAUGACAUUAAUGGUACUUUAGAAACUGUUGAUUAUUUUGGUCGCUGUAGAAAGUCACUGCAGAUUGCAGUUAUAUCCACGGGCAGUGGUAGAUAAUCUGUGGAUCAGGCAGGCCAGGUUAUAAAAUUAACAUUCUUAUUAAUAGCAUAUGGGUUGCGGCAAGGGCUGUACCCAACUCGAGUCGACUCAGAGUCAGCAUUUCAAUAUGACAGAUUGAUGCUUGAUGAUUUUGUUUAGUUCUGAAGGUAUUGUCUUGAUUUCGCACAUGUGCAUAUGAUGUGUUUUUGUGUUGAUUAUGGACAGAUUGGCUGUCAGAGUGACUUCAGUACUGUCCUCCGCAAUUCUCCAGUUAAUUAAGCCAAUUAACUGUGCAUCUACCAGUUCUUAAAGGACAUAAAAAUGUAGUAUAUUUCAGUGUAUUCCCAGCUCAUUCUUACAAGAAUAUGUCGUGUUAUUGUCAUAUUGCAAUGCCCAGUAACAAUCUUAACAAAACAGAAACAAAAACAAAAACGUCUGCUCAUCUUGAAGAAUCUCAGGUCAU